CCGGAAGGAGUGUGAAGAUUUGGCGCGGGGCGGACACAUGAAUCUUUGUUGGGUGAAUCUGAAUUAUAAUUUUAAAGCUUGACUCGCGGUUCUUACAGCUGGAAUUCCGGUGUUUAUUAAAUAUAUAUCGAGUCUUUAUAAUCACCGCCUGCAACCAACUGUUUAAAGCCGCUGUCAGCGCUUCUAUUAGUGUUUUAGCUUCUUUAUCAAGCGCAUUAAUGUGAUUUAUAUAGAUUACUUCAGCUGAUCUCACCCCAAACCGAGAUAAUAUAGUUACUCUUCACACUGACAGUACAUACAGUUACAGGAUUAAUAAUGAGGGGUUCAGGAAAAGCUGAGAAUAAUGACGAGUCUUUACCCAUCGCAUCCCUUCGUCUUUUGGCUCCACCGAUGAGACUGGUCUCGGCUGCAGUGUGGAAGGUGAUGCAGCAGCGUGAUGUGAUGCAGUAUGGAAAGCUGGAGGAGUUUGUGACCUCUGUCUCGGAGUCUGUACCUGGACUGCUGAGUUACAGACAUCAGGCUAAGCUCACUGUGGGUCUUCGGGCACAGUUCAUCCUGCAGCAACUCAGAGUGUCUUCGUCUCCCGACCCUGACCUUAUUGUCCCUCAUCUGGAGAGACUGCGGGCUCCUCCCAUAUCCAAAGGCAAAAGGAAGAUUCAGAAAGUUGAAUUAGCUGUGAAGAAUUUCCACACCCUUGUGCAUACAUUGCUCAAGAACCCAGAAAGGAGGAAACAAUUCUUCCAGGAGGAGUUUGACUCUCAGUAUGGGCCACAGUAUGAUCUUGCUGUAGAAAAGUUGCUGUGGGAAUUCCUGACCAGACUGGACCAGCUGCUUCCAGUCCCAGAUCUUGCUCAGACUGUGUCAUGGCUUAGUUCUGCACCAGCUGUGCUGGAGGAAUGUGCACGCUCUGCAUCUCAGCCACAGCUUCUCAGCACUCUGCUCCAGCACGAGAAAUGUCUGGGACACCUGGACUCGGCAGCAUCUUUUCCUUCUUCCGUUGGCGAAUCUAUCCUAUCCUCUCUUUCCCUCCCUCCCUCUGGCAGAGUACGGGACACCAACCAAUCAGGAUCUACCUCCACCCCCAGCGCUGUCCUGAGUCCUGCUCUAUCUGCAGAGCGCUCUGGUGGUAGAAAAACUAGGAGUACAUCAUCACAAAUUGCACCAGUGAUCGGGACCAUAUCCAGUAAAGACCUUCCUCAGAGCACUUCAGCCAAUCAGGAUGAAUCGCCUGCUUUGGAAAUGGACACAGAAGAUAUUUUCACAGGGGUGAAUUCAAGCUUGUGUCAGAAGAGCAAGAGUUUGCAAGAGGACGUUUCUGAAGAGGAACACUGUGUUGGGAAUAUGUUUAUUUCUGUAGUCAGCCAGUCUUCAAGCACUCCAGAGGAAGACUAUGAUGAAGAUGACAUGCGACCAGUGAGGAGAAGCUCUAGGAGCAGGAGGAUUAGUGAAACAGGGAAACGAGAGACGAGGAAGAGCUCAAGAGUGCUGGAGCAGAACAGGAAGAGCAACGAAGAGGGGCUUAAAAACUCCAGCAAGAAUUCCCCUAGAACUGUCCCGGACUCAAAGUCCCAAAAAGACAAACCUGUCUCUGCUGUCCUCUCCUCCUCUAUGAAGCGUCAUCUAACAGUCAACAUCCCAAAACUGGACAUCAGCAAAAUCACACAACCUGUGCUGCUCAACACAUCGGCCAAUCAUGAUCAGACUCCACCAUCUCCAUGCCGGUCCUCCCCAGAGCGAGCGUGUAGAGUGAGAAACAGUGACUCUGUGAACCGGAAGAGGAAACUCAGCUGCAUGUCGACCCCUGAAAAGAACCUGACCACUGCAGUUAAUACACAAAUAUGUGCCGGCUCACCCUGCAUACCCAACAUCAUGACCGGAUGGCCAGAUAGUCCAGGUCGGGCCUCUCCUGUUAUUGACUCCACUGAUGAUAUUAUAGUUGACUCAGAGGAUGAAGCCACUGAGAAAGUGAAAGGCAGGCUCUUCACAUCUCGCUACUCCAAAACCAAGAACAACACGUAUGUUCCCACUCUGCAUGAGUUCUGGACUCCUGCUUUCUUUCGGCGUGACCUCGUGUCUCCAGGAAACGGCUGCAGAUGACUUUCACUCAGUUGUUGCCUUUGGAUUUGAAGUUAUAAACCGGUGUGCUGCUGAUUGUCCAGCCUGUUUUCACUUUUACAUUUUGGUGAGUGGUAACUGUGUAGCGCUUAUUCACCUAAACAUGUAAAAAUAUAUAUAUAUAUAUAUAUUUUAAAAGUAGUUAAAUAAAGUAGUUAAAUUUAGUUAUGUCAGUAUAUGUGUUACAAUUGCAUUUAGAGUAUAAGGUGCUAUUUUUGUUAUGCUAUGCUAUAAUGUGUUUUGCACAUGCUCUUAAUACAGCUCAUUUAUGUUUCAUUUAUAUAUUUGUAACUUAUUUUAGUAAAGCUAUUAUGCCAGACACUACCUAUUACGUUAAAUUGUUUUAAUUAAAAUGCCUAAAAUUAUGCAGUAAAAUCACAAAAGCAUGGCACUUUUUAUUUUGCACCGUCUAACUAGAAAAAGACAAACACAGAACUCUGAAUCCAUUAACAGUAGAAGUAUUUUCUUUAGAUAAAUAAAACAUAAAGCCAGAGAGCAGUGAGUACAGUUUUCUACACCUUCAAAAGCCUAUUGGAAACUGGAGAAAACUGGUACAGGAAGUUGUUUGGCUGACCCACAUGACAAAGCUAUUGGAUUUAAUCUCAGUUUUAGCAAUGAAAAUAAGUAUUAGAAGUCUGAGAGGUGAAGUGCAGUAAUAAAGAUGUGUGGUUGUGGCACAGUGGAUACCACCACUACCUGCAAGUGAGACUGGGGUUCAAUUCCUGGUCUGGUUGACUAGUAGACUCCUAACACUACACUGACCCACCUCUGUAAUAGAAGUCACUUUGGAUAAGUGUCAGCUAAAUGCCUAAAAUGUAAAGUCAUUGCUAACAAUAUAAUAGCAUACCCAUAGAGCACUGCUACUGGACUGUCAGAGUGUUCUAAAACUUUUGCUCAGUAGUGUAUAUAUAAAAAAACAAGCAAAUGAUGUAAAGAUUUAUUAUACAUUUAUUUUCAUGUCAUUGUAUUAAAAUCAAAUAUGGCA